AUGAUCGGCAUGUGAUUUUUCGAAAUAUUGUGAGAAAAUAGAAGAGAGAGAUGAAAAUAGUGAGAAAUGGGGCGGAAUCAUCGGCGCGUGGGACCAUUCUUUUUUCUGUUCGAUUUCAGUUUUUUCUACGGAAUUUUGUUCCUUUUUGGUAACUACAAUGUCGAGUCUCUCCUGAUGUUUUUUUUGAUAGCGGACAUCAUUAGGACAGCCUUCUUAUCAGUUCCCAUGCGAGGUGUGUGUGUUAAUUUUAUAGGUUGGCUGCUGAAAUUUCGAAGUCUAGUCAUGACCUUCUUUGCUCUUUUUCCGGCCUUUUUCAAGAUUUUAUUGACUUUCACCAUUGAAAAAAAUGAACUCUGAAACGCUGCAAAAGGUGGAAAAAUAAAAUUGGAACGUGUAAACAAUGGAAAUGGACUACGCGGCGUUUUGAAUCAUUUUCGAAAACGGAUUCGCCGGCGGAUCGUUUCGAGACAAAUCCUCUACGGUUUUGUUGGUUUUUUAGUUUUUCGAGUAGUUUUGAAUGGAUUUUUCGGCUCUUACCGCAUUCAGAAAACUUGCAGUAUUCACAAAAUUAUUUAUUUUUUGGUUAUUCAAAACCUUAGGUCGCACUUGGAAUGGCUAGACGCGUCAAGGUCGCUUUUUAUUUUUUCGGAAGGCGUCAGACUUGAAACGACUUACGCGCGAUCAUCAAAAAGCUUUUUAGAAAGCUCUUAGUCAUUCAAAAUGCGACCAUUUUCUUUUUUCAAAAGCUGAUAAUAUAAUUUGAACUUCAAAGGGAACACUUACCCAGAAAAUAAUAUAAAAGUGACAAUAAUUUAAGUUUUUCCACCCGUUCUUUUGUCUCAAUCACGAUGGUUCCUCUCCCUUGACGGAAAUUGGCUCAACCAAUCUUGAGCUUUUCCCUCUUCUUUUUUUUGCUCUUUCUCUCACGUUUUCGUCCCCUUUUUAGUCGUAAUUUUUAUGUUUCCUUUGUUGAGAGAGGGAAAAAGAAAGAUUUACUUCAAAAAUAAUGGUUUUGAGUGCUAUUUCGGAAGUUUUUUGUUAGCUUCAUCCAAGAUUUUACUUCCAAAAAUGAAUUUUUCUUCAGGAUGUGCGAAUUUUAGCGUUUUUUAUAGAAGAAACAGCCAUUUUUUGGCUUUUUAGCGCGGGAAAGUCUGCUCUGAAUUUUUUUCAGUUUCAGUCUUUUUUUCACAUUUUUUUCUGACUUUGUUGAACAGAAAUCGACUUUUUCAUCAGAAAUACUUUUGGAUUUUUUUAAAUUAAUAUCCUUUGAUGUACAGAAUGACCUUUUUUAGGGCAGAAAAAAAUACACUUUUUCUCUUAAUUAGGCUCAAAUUGUCCUUGAUGACCUUUUUAGGGCGAGUCUUCGUGAAAAAAAUUUGAGCUUGCAGUUUGAAAAAAAUAAUCGAAAAAGUCAAUGAAAUAUGAAAUUUAUGGACGUCUUCUCUAUUUUUUUUUAAAAAGGGCUUGAUUUUGGAUCAAAACUUGGGCUUAUAAGUUGAAAAAAUAGCUUUAAAGUCAAUAAAAUAUACAAUUUUUGACCCCUAACUUUAUUUUUGCAAGAAAAAAGCUCGAAAUUUGCAAAACCAGUCGAAAGGUCAAUGGAAUAUUGAAUUUCAUUUGUUUCAAAAGCCUAUUUCUCCUUUUCUUUUUCCUUAUUUUUUUUCGCUCAGGUAAACAAAAUUGUUACACACACCCCUUGACACGUCAUUUUUGCUCUAUUUGACUGAGAAUGUUUGCAUUUUUUGUACCAAUUUUUUUUUCUGCAAGCCGACAAUUUUAAGUGUUUCAAGUGAUUGACUCACCUAAUUGGAUCAUUUUUUCCUCAAUAUUUUUCCAUUUUUCAGCAGCGACGAAGAAGAGUUUUACGAUGCUGAUGAAGAAUUGAUCGAUCUCGAUAAGGUGAGAGUUUUUUUUUUCAAAAAAAAUGUGUUUCCCUCGAUUUUAUGUCUUAUUUUGUUGAGGAAAAGAAGUUUUCUGAUCAUUUUUUAAAGUGAAUUCGAAUUUUCAGGGUUAUAAUAACGUCUAGGGGGUUUUUUUACUCUGUUCUAACAAAAUUUGAGGAUAAAAUUUAAAGGCUACCAAAAAUAGUUAUAAAAAUUCCGCAGGGAAAAUAUUUUAUUCCAAUAACUUGGCUUACUGUUUCAAUUCCUGAAUAUUAAUAUUACUUUAUAAAUUUUGAAUGUUUUGUAAAUCUAGAACUCAAUUGAAAUGAGAAGUUACGUGGUCGAAUUUUGGCUCAAAAUACUAAAAAUUGCAUCCGACCUGAAACGACUUGCCCUUUUGGGCCGUUUGGAGGGAAUAAGUAGGCUGUAGAUCCCCUAGCCUGAGCCGCAACGCGGCCGCGACGCUUUGAGCCAUUCCAAAUGCGUUCAUGGGGAUUAAUUUUACCUGUAACAAUGCAUAGAUUACUGUAGGUUCGCUGUAGACGUAUAUUUCGGCGAAUUCGUUUCAAGACCCUUUUUUUUCAGACUCAAUGCUCUUUUAAAAUUUUUCUUAAGAGUUUGAGGUGUUUCAAGAAGCUUUAAUUGAUGAUAAAAAAGGAUUUUGAAUAAUAAAAAAAUUUUUCGCAGUGUCAAAACAAGGAAGGCUCACGAAUGGCGCCCGUUUCAUUCAAAGAAGAAGAAUCGUUCGAUUUCGGCGAUGAUCACGAAGAUUUCGACGCGAUUUAUGACAAUCCCGAAGAGCAUGACGUCGGAAACGUCCAGCAGGAACACGGAUCCGUCCUCAUGCACCUUAUUAGUCAGGUGCUUUUUGGGAAAAAGAUGUGAAACUGAAGGAAAAUGACGAGAUUUAACCCUUUUACGUGGGAGUUUGGACAGGUUGAUCAGUUCAAAGUGAAAAUUGUUGAAUUAAAAAUAGGCUUCAGUGGUUUUUCGGCAAGAUAAAGGUGGAUUUUUGAUUCAAGAGAGAUCAACAGAGGCCUGAAGAGACGCCAGAGAAAGAGAGAUUUUUCCUGCUUCACUGGCGUCUCUUUCUUCACCAUUAUCUCCCAGCUCAAUUUUAUUUAGUCGUAGUCAUUUUAUCAACGGAAUAGUCGCAAGUGAUAGAUUAAGAGCAGCACGAAGAGACGCCAGAGAAUUAGAGUUUUUCCUGCUUCUCUGACGUCUCUCUGUCGACCAUUAUCUCACACUCUGGCUCAUUUUAAUUCAGUCAAAGGCAUUUUAUCAAUAAAAGGAUAGAUCAACGGCACCCUGAAGAGACGUCAGAGAAACAGAGCUUCUCGGGUGUCUCUUUCUUCACCAUUAUCUCUCAUUCCGGCGCUUUUUCCAUCGAAAAAAGGCGCAAGUGAUAGAUCAACGGCGCUCUAUAGAGAGACGCCAGAAAAAGAGAGUUUUUUCUGCUUCUCUGUUGUCUCUUUCUUGCCAGUGAUCUUUUUUCGUUUGCCUGAAAAAACGAAGCUCCACGAUUCAGCAUAUAAAAAGCAAAAAUCAGAAAUCAACAGCGGCCCGAAGAGAGGCCAGAGAAAGAGAGUUUAUUCUGUUUCUCUGACGUCUCUUUCUUGUCAACGCUCUCUCACUUCGGCUCAUUUUUUUCCUUCGCUUUUCUGAUCCUUAAUACUUCAAAGACUAAACAGAAGCGAUAGAUCAACGACGGUCUGAAGAGAUAUCAGAGAAAGAUAACUCUUCCUGCUUCUCUGGCGUCUCUUCAAGCUCUCAUUGAUCUCUCACUUUGAAAAUUUCUAUUCCGAAAAGCUGCGAUAGAAAAUGAACUAUAGACAGAGAUUAGCAGUUGCUUAGAAAUAGGCUAGAGAAAGAUAGUUUCUCUGCUUCUCUAGCGUCUCCUUAUUAAUGACGAUCUCUCGUUUAGGAUUUUUUUUUUUGCGGUACAUUCUCGAUGAUAGGAUUCAGAAAUUAAACAAAAAGGAUCAAAUGAUGGAAUAAAUUGAUUAUUUUAUUAAUUUUGAAGGUUAGCGUCGGCAUGGACCUGACCAAGGUGACGCUGCCGACGUUCAUCCUGGAGCGUCGGUCCCUCCUGGAGAUGUACGCCGACUUUUUCGCCCACCCCGACCUCUUCAUCGAAGCCGUCGAGUUGACGUCGCCCGAGAAGCGCAUGAUGUCCGUUUUAUACAGAAAAAUGAGCCCUGGAGCUUGUUAUAAAGAGGAAAAUCAAGCUUUAUCAUCCCUUGGAACCAUGAGAAAGGCUUUGAAAAGAGGAUUUUUUGGCGUUUUUCGGAAAUAUGUUUUUGAAGUUUCUAGCUACUGAAAAAUAACGUUAUGAUUUAAAAAUAUCUUGAAAAAUGCUUCGAAACUGUCUUUGCAAUGUUUUUUGGCUGAUUUUACAAGUUUUACUGUCAGUUUUGCUCCAAAAAAAAAAAGUUGAAGGAUUUUUGGGAUAUUUGAAGUUGGAAAAAAAUAUUUCGAGUUGAAAAAAAUUAGUAAAAAAAAAGGUUCCAGAAAAGUUCAGGAUGAAUUUAUAAUUUUUUUGGGAGUUGGGUACUAUAAAUUGGAAAAAAACUGAAUUUUUCUUUGAAAUGUUAGUUUGAUUUCAAUUCUCAAUUUUGAAGUUAAAAUCAUCUAUAAUCCAUGAAAAUCAUCAAAAACUGAACUUUCAGUUCGGUGGUCCGCUACUAUUUGAACGCUUUUUACGCUGCCAGGAAGAGCGGCGUCGCCAAAAAACCGUAUAAUCCCAUCUUGGGAGAGACUUUCCGAUGCAGGUUCGUUUGGACUCGGAUUUUUGAGAAAAUUGUUGGAAGAAAAAGGUUUUUGGUUCAAAAAUCUUGAAGGAAAACGGGAGAACACGGUUUUUUACACAAAAAUCUUCAAAGAAAACGGAGGGAAAUGAGGUUUUUUUGUGGUGAAAAAUUGAUUUUUUAGAUAUACUGCUUCAUUUUUAUUUUAUUCAACUGGACGUUUCACUGAGAUUACCUAAUUUGUACCAAAGGGUACACGCUUUCCGAUGCAGGCUCGUUUGGAAUCGGAUUUAUGAAAAAAAUUUUUAGAAAAAAAGGUUUUUUUAGUUGAGAAAAAUUUGAAGAAUUAGAGAAAAAUGAGGUUUUUUGGGGUGAAAAAAAUUGGUUUUUUUGGAAUUAUUACUUCAUUUUUUUAUCUUAUUACACUCAAUUUUUCAACUUCUUAGCUUCAGAAUGAACCAAUUUAUUAAAUUUUUCGUUAAGAUUACCUACUUUUUUUAAUGUCUUUUAGGUACACUGUCCCUGGAGAGGAGCCAACGGGCAAGAAAAACCACGAGCGGUCCUUUUUCCUGGCUCUGACGAGAAUCAAUUGA